AUGAUGUCCCUUCUUGCGCAAGCAGCUUUUCUCAUCCAUGCUGCAACAGCAUAUGCUUCUACCGUCACAUACGACUUCAACAUCACUUGGGUGACAGCCAACCCAGAUGGCAUUAAGGAACGCCCGGUCAUCGGCAUUAACGGGCAAUGGCCUCUUCCGGUGAUCAAUGUCACUCGGGGGGAUCGUGUCGUUGCAAAUGUAUACAAUGCCCUUGGAAAUGAAACAACCAGUCUCCACUGGCAUGGGAUGUUCCAAAAUGGCACCACCCAUAUGGACGGCGCCCCAGGAGUUAACCAGUGUGGCAUUGCGCCGGGGAGCUCUUUUGUCUACAAUUUUACACAGGUUGACCAAGCCGGUAUCUACUGGUAUCACUCCCACAGGCGUGGUCAAUAUCCUGAUGGCCUACGGCAGGCCUUGAUUGUUACAGACCCAGAGAAUCCUUAUCUCGGGCAAUACGAUGAGGAGCGAGUGAUCACCCUCUCGGACUGGUACCAUGACGAGAUGCCAGGACUGUUGGAGGAAUUCAUCAGUGUAACGAAUCCCACCGGUGCAGAACCUGUGCCCAAAUCUGCUCUGAUGAAUGACACACAAAAUCUCACUGUCUCUGUGGAGCCAGGAAAGACAUAUUUGCUCCGUCUGGUGAAUGUGGGUGCUUUCGCCAGUCAAUACUUCUGGAUGGAGGGUCACACCAUGAGGAUUGUCGAAGUUGAUGGGGUAUGGACCAACGCUUCGGAGGCGAACAUGAUCUAUGUUACUGCUGCAGAGCGCUAUAGUGUUUUGGUCACAAUGAAAAAUGAGUCAAGUCAAAACUAUGCCAUGGUGGGGAGCAUGGACACAGAUCUCUUUGAUGCUGUUCCUCAAACGCUAAACUACAACGUAACGGGGUGGUUAGUAUACAAUAACCUAGCCGAAAAGCCUGCAGCGGCCCCGAUUGACACCUUCAACCCGUUUGAUGACAUGGAACUCUACCCAUUCGAUGGGCUUAGCUUAUAUGAUGAAGCAAACCACACCAUCACUAUGGACCUCAGCAUGAGUAAUUUAGGGGAUGGCGCAAACUAUGCCUUUUUCAAUGGUAUCACAUAUGUUCAACCCAAAGUACCAACACUUUACUCGGUCAUGUCCACUGGGUUGGCCGCCACGGAACCUGUAAUCUACGGUCCGAACACCAACGCUUUCAUCCUACGUAAAGGAGACAUCGUUGACGUAGUCCUCAACAAUGAUGAUUCGGGAAAGCAUCCCUUCCACCUUCACGGGCAUAAUUUUCAGGUUAUUAGUCGUAGCGCAGCGGACGCAGGACACUUCAACACAAGGGAUCAUCCGGCUUAUAGAUCUACCCCGAUGCGCCGGGAUACUGUUUUUGUUUAUGGGCACGGCAAUUUCGUCAUUCGAUUCAUUGCCGAUAACCCAGGGGUUUGGCUGUUCCACUGCCAUCUUGAAUGGCACAUGGCGAGCGGUCUCGCCGCCACGAUGAUCGAAGCACCACUCAGUCUACAAAAGACACUCGUAAUUCCGGAGAGUCACUACCAAGUCUGUAAUGCCACAGGCACCUUCACUGCGGGUAACGCUGCCGGGAACACCAAGGACCUAUUUGAUUUAACGGGCGCAAAUAUGUCACCAGCACCACUGCCUGCGGGAUUUACGGCACGAGGAAUUAUUGCAUUGGUAUUUAGUUGCAUCGCAGCGGUCUUGGGGUUGAUAUCUAUUGUCUGGUACGGUCUUGCACCGGUUCCAGCAAGUCCAUCCACAUAA